GGUUCACUUUCUAUUUUUCUAUUUUUCUUUUUCUUUCUUUUCUUAAGCUCUUCUUUCAACAUGUCUCAAACCGAGGAAACUGCUCAAAACAUUGAGAUCAUCACUCAUCCAGUUCCUGCUCGUCUUUUAGACCCCAGCCAAUGUCCUACUCCUCAUGUCAACUCCAUGGAACAAUACCGUGCCAUGUGGAAAGAAAGUGUUGAAGAGCCCACCAAAUUCUUUGGAAAUCUUGCUCGUGGUCUUUUGUCCUGGGACAAGCCUUUUGAAACUGUCAAGCAUGGCUCAUUUGAAACUGGCGAUGUUGCCUGGUUUUUAGAAGGUGAAUUAAAUGCUUGUUACAACACUGUCGAUCGUCACGCUCUCAAGAACCCUGACAAGAUUGCCAUUAUUCACGAAGGUGAUGAACCCUCCAAUGUUCGCCAUAUCACUUAUGGAGAGCUUUUCCGUGAUGUUUGCCGUAUGGCCAACGUCCUCAAAAACUUAGGUGUCCGUAAGGGUGAUAAUGUUGCUAUCUACAUGCCCAUGAUUCCCGAAACCAUGAUUGCCAUCUUGGCCUGUGCUCGUAUUGGUGCUGUUCACUCUGUUGUGUUUGCUGGUUUCUCUGCUGAAUCCCUUUUGGACCGUGUGGCUGAUUGUGGUGCUCAUGUUGUCAUUACUUCUGACGAAGGUCGUCGUGGUGGUCGUAACAUUGCCACUAAGUCCAUUGUCGAUAAUGCCUUGAGCAAGCAAGAAGCUCAUCAAGUUGAACAUGUCAUUGUGUUCCAACGUACAGGUACUGAGGUGCCUAUGCAAAAGGACCGUGACUUAUGGUGGCAUGAGGAAAUGGAUAAGGCUCGUCCUAUCUGCCCUUAUGAAAAAAUGAAUGCUGAAGAUCCUUUGUUCUUGCUUUAUACUUCUGGUUCCACCGGUGCUCCUAAGGGUAUUCUUCACACUACCGGUGGUUACCUUUUAGGUGCUGCUGCUACUGUCAAGUAUAUUUUCGAUGUUCAUGAUGAUGAUGUCUAUGCCUGUAUGGCUGAUAUUGGUUGGGUCACUGGUCACAGUUAUAUUUUGUAUGGUCCUCUUACUCUUGGUGCCACUACUGUCUUGUUUGAAUCCACUCCUACUUACCCCACUCCUGCUCGUUUCUGGGAAUUAAUUGAAAAGCACAAGGUCACUCAGUUCUACACUGCUCCUACUGCUAUUCGUGCUCUUCAACGUCUUGGAGAUGAAUGGGUUGAAAAGAACGACUUGUCUAGUCUUCGUGUCAUUGCUUCUGUUGGCGAACCCAUUAACCCUGAAGCUUGGAACUGGUACAACGAAAAAGUCGGUAAGGGUAAGUGUGCUGUUGUCGAUACCUACUGGCAAACCGAGACUGGUUCUAUUAUUAUCAGUCCUUUGCCCGGUUGUACUCCCACCAAGGCUGGUAGUGCUACUUUGCCUUUCUUUGGUAUUGAACCUGUUCUUUUGGAUCCUGCCACCGGUGCCAAGGUUGAUGGUCCUAACAAGACUGGUGUCUUAGCUCUCAAGAAUGCCUGGCCUUCUAUGGCUCGUUCUGUCUUUAAUAACCAUGCCCGUUUCUUGGAUGUUUACACAAAGCCAUAUCCUGGUUACUAUUACACUGGCGAUGGUGCUGCUGUUGAUGAAGAUGGUUAUAUUUGGAUCAAGGGUCGUGUUGAUGAUGUGAUCAAUGUCUCUGGUCACCGUCUCUCUACUUCAGAAAUUGAAUCUGCUCUUGCCACACAUACUUAUGUUGCUGAAGCUGCCGUUGUCGGUGCUCAUGAUGAUUUGACAGGUCAAGCCAUUCAUGCUUUUGUGUCACUUAAGCCCCAUGCUCAAGUCAAUGAUGGUCUUGACCGUGAAUUGGUCUUGACUGUUCGUAAGAUCAUUGGUCCAUUUGCCGCUCCUAAGCGUAUCCAUAUUGUUCGUGAACAUCCCAAGACUCGUUCCGGUAAGAUUGUUCGUCGUAUUUUGCGUAAGAUUGUGAAUGGUGAACACCACCAACUUGGUGAUACUUCUACUUUGGCUGACCCUACUGUCGUUUCUUCUAUUGUUUCUCAAGUUCAUCCUUAAUUUCCAUGUACUAUUACCCCCCUUCAACUUUUUUUUAAUAGACACAAAAAAGAAAGUAUAUUAUUGUAUUUAUAUCAUCUUAAUAAUGAAAAUAAACUCAAAAAGAGUGGUUGUUUUGAAAAAAAA